ACUCUAAACCUUUACAACUAAAUCUAAAUCUCCACCGUCCGCUUCAUCAUCUUCCUUCUUCUUCUUCUUUCCCUCACUCUCAGAUCUCAAACCUCACCAAAAAAGAUAAAACUCACACUUUCUCUCUCUCUCUCUCUCUAGAAAAAGAAAGAGUGAAGAAAAACUUAUUAUUAUUCCCAUUUUACCCCUAACUGAAAAAUGGUUGAAGCUCAAUCAUGGACAACACGGCGGAUGAGCAAUCCUAGAUUCGACGCCGCCACACCAACCAUUGUAGACAUCCCCGGAACACCUCCACACUCCUCCGCUUCUUCACCCCUCAAACCCUUCUUCCUCUCUUUCCCUACCGUAUCUCCAACAAUCCUCACGGCGGCGAUAAUCGCCGCCUGGUUUGGCUCAAACAUAGGGGUCCUCCUCUUAAACAAAUACCUUCUCUUCUACUACGGUUUCCGUUACCCAAUCUUCCUCACCAUGACACACAUGUUAUCCUGCGCCGCUUAUAGCUCCGCCGUAAUCAACGUCGCCGGAAUCGUGCCACGUCAGCACAUCUUAUCUCGCCGUCAGUUUCUAAAGAUCCUCUCUUUAUCAGCGAUCUUUUGUCUCUCCGUCGUCUGCGGCAACACUUCGCUACGUUAUAUCCCUGUUUCUUUUAAUCAAGCUAUUGGAGCCACCACGCCGUUCUUCACCGCCGUGUUCUCUUUUCUCAUCACCUGUAAAACAGAGUCCACUGAAGUUUACUUAGCUCUUCUUCCGGUUGUCUCCGGCAUCGUUCUUGCUUCUAAUUCUGAACCUUCUUUUCAUCUUUUUGGUUUCCUCAUCUGUGUCGCUUCCACCGCCGGUAGAGCUCUCAAAUCCGUCGUCCAGGGUAUAAUUCUGACGUCGGAAUCGGAGAAGCUACAUUCGAUGAAUCUUUUGCUCUACAUGGCUCCAAUGGCGGCUUGUAUCUUACUACCAUUUACGUUAUACAUUGAAGGAAAUGUAUUAAGAGUUUUAAUCGAAAAGGCGAGGACGGAUCCAUUGAUCAUCUUCUUGCUAGCCGGGAAUGCGACAGUGGCAUAUUUAGUGAAUUUGACGAAUUUCUUGGUGACAAAGCAUACAAGUGCUCUCACAUUGCAGGUUUUGGGGAACGGAAAAGCCGCGGUGGCUGCCGGAGUUUCGGUUCUUAUAUUUAGGAAUCCGGUGACGGUGAUGGGAAUUGCCGGAUUCGGUGUGACGAUUAUGGGUGUGGUUCUCUAUAGCGAAGCUAGGAAGAGAUCCAAAUUGCUUAACCAGAAGUGAAAAGUGAGCGAAAGAAAGAUAAUUGGAUUUAAACCGGUGAAGUAAUUUUAAAUUUUUACUUUUUAUUUUUUCGGUUUAGUUUCUUGAUUCUUUGGAACUCUGCUAUUGUUUUGAACCGGUUUGGUUCGUUUGAGAGGGGGCAAAUCAAUUUAAUUGUAAAUGGUUGAGAUUGGGGAAAAACUAUGAAAUGAAAAAAAAAAAGUGGGGAUAUAUAUUUAUGUAACAAAAGUGAAAAAGUAGGGAGCAUAUUAAAGGAAAUAAGAUUGUAUCUUUAUUUUAUUUUCCAUACUUUUAAUUGUUUUUUCUU